GGGCGCCGGCUCGGCCCGCCCCUUCUGCUGUCCCGCCCCGUCCCGCCCCGCGCCUCCGCCGGCCGGGCUGCUGUCAGAGAGACGCAGUGUAUGCUGAGCCGCUGUGGCCGCCUGCUGCUGCUGCACGACCUGGGUCUUCGUUUCCCGCGGGUGACCCGCCGGCCAUUCUUUCUCUGCCUUCACCGCCUCAUGAAGCCGCUGGUCGUGUUCGUUCUUGGCGGUCCCGGCGCCGGCAAAGGGACCCAGUGCGCCCGCAUCGUGGAGAAAUAUGGCUAUACACACCUUUCUGCAGGAGAACUUCUUCGUGAUGAAAGGAAAAACCCAGAUUCACAGUAUGGUGAACUCAUUGAAAAGUACAUUAAAGAUGGAAAGAUCGUGCCAGUUGAGAUAACCAUCAGUUUGUUAAAGAGGGAAAUGGAUCAGAUAAUGGCUUCCAAUGCUCAGAAGAAUAAAUUCUUGAUUGAUGGGUUUCCAAGAAAUGAAGACAACCUUCAAGGUUGGAAUAAGACCAUGGAUGGGAAGGCAGAUGUAUCUUUUGUUCUGUUUUUUGAUUGUGAUAAUGAGAUCUGUAUUGAACGAUGUCUUGAGAGGGGAAAGAGUAGUGGUAGGAGUGAUGACAACAGAGAGAGCUUGGAAAAGAGAAUUCAAACCUAUCUUCAGUCAACAAAGCCAGUUAUUGACUUAUAUGAAGAAAUGGGAAAAGUAAAGAAAAUAGAUGCUUCUAAAUCCGUUGAUGAAGUUUUCGAUGAAGUUGUGAAGAUUUUUGACAAAGAAGGCUAACUAAACCGGAAAGCAUCGUUGAAAUCAUGCUUGAAUAUUGCUUUGAUAGCUGCUAUCACAAUCCCUUUUUAAGGCAAUUUUAAUCUUUCAUAAUUACAUCAUAAUUAGUGGCCAGAAAGUAUAUACAGUAGUAAGACAAAUUAAAUUUUUAUCUUCAAUUUUUUUUUUUUUUUUGUCAUAGGAGUAGACAGUGAAUUCGGGUCUAACUUUGUCUUAGCUAUGGUGCUCACAAAACAAGGAAGGGCAUUAGCUAGCUCGUUGUUUUUAUUCGAUAAGGAUAUUCCUUUUUUAGUUUGUGCCUUCUGUGAGCAAAACUUUUUAGUAUGUGUAUAUCCCUUUAGUGAUUGCAACAUGUAAGGAUUAGGGAUUCCUCACCUCCUCUUUUUCUUGCAGGUUUUAAAUUUCCAACCUGCUAAGUGAAUUUGUGGACCAAAUUGCAAAGGAACUGUUUGUGUAGUUAGUUCUUGCGCAAUGUGUUUGGUAAACAAACUCAUAAGAUGAAUUGCUAGAAGUGUUUUAGUAUUUAUCCAAUAACUGACUAUAUUCUAUAGAAAGGUUAAAAAAAAAAAAACUUAGCCGUGUUUUAGUUUUACUACAACUUGUACAAAGUUGUAUGACAGGGCAUAGUCUGCUUCCAGGGAUUAGGAUGAGGGUACUGGGGGUUCAGAGCCUGGCAGAAGUGUCAACUUUAUUCUGACAUAAAUCUGAGGAUAAGGGGCAAGGGUCAUAUCUAAUGACAUGUGUUCCUUAUGCUCUAUUAUAUAGUGUUACUAAUGAUUAAAUUGAUCUCAAAAUUCCUAGCAGUAAAACCUUGAAAUGCAUGUACUAGAUUUAUGGUAAAAUGGUUGUUUUUUGUUGUUGUUGUUAGUUUGUUUCUUUUCUAGACUAAAUUCAAGGUUAGUAUAAAGUAGAAGAAAUUAAUGGUUAAAUUUCCCAUUUGUAUUUUAUUUCCUUGAAUAUUUUUUCAUAGUUAUUUGUUUAAGAAGAUUUAAAAAUCACUGCACUUUGGUCAGAAAAAUAAUAAAUAUAUCUUAUAAAUGUUUGAUUUCCUUCCUGGCUACUUUUAUUUAGUACUUUAUUCAGUAAAUUAUUUUUUGGCAUCAUGUUUAAGCAUGGAAAGGUACAGAAUAAAAAAGAAGGCUGUAGAGUCCAAAGGAAUGUUUCCUUAAAUCUAUUCUUCCUUUAAAAAUCUUUGAGAAAUUCAUUUUCUCCAUUUUUUUUUCUGUCAUCACCAAUACAAAGCGGUAUCAAAGUUCUUAUUAUGAGACUUAUUAAAAUGUUUCUCAUCUUCAGCAUCUUUUUGACUUUGUAUAAUUAACAUAAUUAAAAUUUGACUUUGUAUAAUUGUUAAUAUAAUUAAAUUUUUAUAUUUAAAGCCAUUGGAAAUAGUGAGGACAAUUUGUGGAUAUUCUUCUACAGGGAUGGGCAAAAUAAGUUUCAAGUUCAUAUGGAAAGAGACAUGCACAUUAUGAUUAUUACAACAGCUUUGUUAACUGUUUCAUGUACUUACAACUGUAAACCUACUUUUGUCCACCACUCCUGUCUUGUAAUAGAUUUAUUUAUUUCUAUGUGUAUUAUGAAAUUCACUUAUUGAAGAUGAACUUGCAACAUUCUUGCCAUUAAAACAACCAAGUAUCCAUAAGUACUAUAACAUAUUAGCCACCAAAAUUUGUAUUGACAUCUUGGUUUCUUGGAAGAGGUUGCAAUGAGUUAUUAUCUAGUGAUUCCAUCCAGCCAGGACAGAGGGCUUUUAUGGGUAAUUUAAUAAAAAUGGCUGUAGUAUGAAGCAAGAGUGAAGACUUAAGAUUUUGAAUGUGUUCCUUUUCACAUAAGUGAAGAAAUCUAUCAGAUGGGGAUCUAAAUAUUUAUGUUGGUGUGAAAGUAACCUUAAACGUGUGGAUUUUAAGGAGACUGCUGAGACUGCUUCCCUUCAUCAAAUAUAUUUCUGUGACAUUCGAGAACAAAAACCAAGAAACAUGAUAAUUACUAAACUAUGAAGCUUUUUUUUUGUUUGUUUGCUUAAGUAGAAAAACACGUCAGCAAUAUUGAGUUUAGUAGCUGAUUAAGAUACAUCUAAAUUCACUAGUUAGGUCCUAUUUCCAUUUGUUAAAGACACAGUCACCAAGAAGUUUUUGACUUUUCUUGAAAGAAUCCAGUGGAAGCCUUGCUAUAAAAAAAAAUUAACA